CCGAGGCGGAGCUGGGUCUGAAUGAAGGCGCCGCGGGCCCGGGGCCGCGGGCGCCUCUGAGCGCCGAGGGGCCGCUCCCGUUUGCCCCUUCCUCCCUCCCUCCCCCUACGCCCUCGCCCCGGGCCCGGCCAUGUCUUACAACAAGAUCCCGCCGCGCUGGCUCCACUGCCCCAGGAGGGGACAGCCCGUGGCAGGGAAGUUUUUACCUUUGAAGACAAUGUUAGGACCAAGAUACGAUGAUCAGGUUGCUGAAGAAAAUCGUUUUCACCCAAGCAUGUUGUCCAACUAUUUGAAGAGUCUCAAGGUUAAAAUGGGUUUGCUGGUAGACUUGACCAACACCAAUAGAUUCUAUGAUAGGAACGAUAUACAGAAAGAGGGGAUUAAAUAUAUAAAGCUUCAGUGUAAGGGACAUGGUGAGUGCCCUACACCUGAGAAUACAGAAACAUUUAUCCGUGUUUGUGAACAUUUCAGUGAAAAGAAUCCCACAGAACUCAUAGGUGUCCAUUGCACACAUGGUUUCAAUAGAACUGGAUUUCUCAUCUGUGCCUUCUUGGUUGAGAAGCUGGACUGGAGUAUUGAGGCAGCUGUGGCUACCUUUGCUCAGGCCAGACCACCAGGUAUUUACAAAGGUGACUAUUUGAAGGAAUUAUUUCGUCGUUACGGAGAUGAAGAUGAUGCACCAUCACCACCUGAGCUACCAGAAUGGUGCUUUGAGGAUGACGAAGAGGAAGAUGAUGACAACGGUAAAACAGGAGGCCAAGAAUCAGAACCUGGAUCAUCAAGCACUUCCUUUGGCAAGAGGAGAAAAGAACACCUAAAACUGGGUGCAGUUUUCUUGGAAGGUGUAACAGUGAAAUACGUGAACCAGGUGACAACACAACCAAAGUUGGGAGGAAUACAGCAAAAGUGUCAGCAAUUCUGUGGAUGGGAAGGGUCUGGAUUCCCCGGAGCACAGCCUGUUUCCAUGGACAAGCAAAAUAUUAAAUUUCUGGAACAGAAACCAUACAAAGUUAGCUGGAAAGCAGACGGCACACGGUACAUGAUGCUGAUUGAUGGCAAGAAUGAAGUAUAUAUGAUUGAUAGAGACAACUCCAUAUUUCAUGUAUCUAAUCUGGAAUUUCCAUUUCGUAAAGAUCUUCGCAUGCAUCUAACAAACACUCUCCUAGAUGGGGAAAUGAUCGUCGACAAGGUCAAUGGACAGGUUGUUCCUCGGUACUUGAUAUAUGACAUUAUUAAGUUUAAUGGGCAGCCAGUUGGAGACUGUGAUUUUAAUGUUCGACUUUCAUGUAUAGAGAAAGAGAUUAUAUUUCCACGGCAUGAAAAAAUGAAGACUGGUCACAUUGACAAAGCACAGGAACCAUUCAGUGUUCGAAACAAACCAUUUUUUGACAUCUACGCUUCAAGAAAGCUCCUGGAAGGAAGCUUUGCUAGAGAAGUUAGCCAUGAAGUGGAUGGAUUGAUAUUUCAGCCUACAGGACUUGCAAAAGGAAUAGAUUUUGACUACUGGCGGUUUGACAGAGAACUCUACCCUUCAUGUUACUCACAGAAAAUACUUGUAUUCGGUUUUCAGAAAUACAAGCCUGGUCGAUGUGACGAUAUUCUGAAAUGGAAGCCACCCAGCCUGAACUCUGUUGAUUUUCGUCUGAAGAUAACGAGGAUUGGUGGAGAAGGGCUUCUCACCCAGAAUGUUGGUCUUCUUUACGUUGGAAACUUUGACAGACCUUUUGCACAGAUUAAGGUGACAAAAGAUCUGAAACAGUAUGACAACAAAAUCAUAGAAUGCAAGUUUGAGAACAACAGCUGGGUCUUCAUGAGGCAGAGAAUAGACAAAAGCUUUCCAAAUGCCUACAGCACUGCCAUGGCUGUAUGCAAUAGCAUCCAGAACCCGGUCACAAAGGAGAUACUAUUUGAGUUCAUCGACAGGUGUAUGGCAGCUUCUCAGGGACAGACGCGGAAGCACCACCUCGACCCCGACACGGAACUGAUGCCACCCCCACCACCCAAAAGGCCCCGCACCAUCACAUAGGCCUCGGGCACAGUGGGUGGCAUUUACACUGCUGCAGAAGGUGAAGUGCAAGUGUGAGGGCUGGGAAAAGAAACGCCUGAAUUGCUGUAAAUAUCUAGGUGUGGUUUCUUUGGUUUUGUUUUUCCAAAUUCCACAUCAUGAAUGGACAUUGUUUCGUAACUGAGAAGUUCAACCUUACCUUCUGAUAUUUGAAGAUGAAAUUUCCAAAGGUAUAGACAAGAACAGUACAGUGGAAUCAAGGGAAAGCUGUCUUGUUUAUAUACGGAUGUCUUUUCACCUUUAAUUUAUAAUGUCAGCAACCUGGAACUGCAAAAAUACUGGAAUGCUGUACUUUUUAGAAGCUGUGUUUAAAAAAAGAAAAAGUGUUGCUUUUUUCUUAAUGAUUAUCGUUAUUCAACUGGUUGCGGUUUGUCACCCGUAGUAUAAUUUAUCAGAGUUUCCCUGCAUUUCUGAGACUUGUGUUUAACAGCAAACAGCAAUGUUGUUUCUGCGCUGUGUUGGCUGACAACUAAGCCUUCUUAGGCUAAAAUCCACUAAUUUUAAAAUUAGCUGGGUUUUUGUUGUUGAAAUAUUAAAGAGGUGAAUCCCUCUUGUAAAUAGCAUCCUUUUGAAAAGAAGUGUUUUGAGUGUUUUGUUGGUUCUUUUGUUUUUCUUUUUGUUUUUUUUUUUUUGCUGUUUGAACCUAACACACCAAAUGUAUAGUGGGCUGAUUUUAGCUUUGCCUUCAAGUUCCUCUGUAGAUAAGGAAAUCAUUAAAUCUUUAGUAUUAAGGUCUCUGUUCCAAGACUGUUUCUAGUACAGGGCUUAGUUCUCCACAGUGGUACCACUGUAAAUGUUACUAAAAGUACACUUUGCUGUGACAUGCAAGAGUAAUAACCAGUGCUAAUAAUGAUGUCUCAGAUCCAGGAGCACUAUGGCAAAAGAAACGCCAGGCAGCUCCUUCAAGAAGGAGAAGGCAGUUCCAUGGGAGAGAGCCCUGCCUUAGGGCAAGUGUCCAGGCUGGGAUGGUCGCAGGGCAAAGAUGAACCCUGCAUGGUGUGGAUGGGGUUGGCUGUCCUGUGACACUGUGUGAAGCUGCUGGCUGACUUCCCUUCAUACGGCAUGAAGGAGCCGAUUAUUGGUACCUGGUGGCUUUCCUGUCUGCUAUCCAUAACACUGACUGUGAGAAGCUGCGUUCUGGUUGUCUCAUGGAGGAGCUGGUCUGAGCUGAAACCAAACGAUUGCAGAUUUUAAAGUUUACUGUGAAUUUAACAAACAGGGAUCUGAUCGGUUGUUGCUGUAGUUCACUGAGUGUCAGGACAAGUCAUCCAUUCAUCCAGCAGCCUGAUCUGUAAAGACCAUUGCUGUGUUACAGCUAAAAUACAUUCAAUCAGUUUUAAUCUUUGGAAGCAAAAUUAACUCCUGCAGUUUAUUUUUUUUCCAUAGGGAAACUUUAGGACUAUGCUUUGUGGUGGCUUCUCUCACUGCUUCAAUCCGUUGUGUAAAUGCACAUGGCAUCGCUCAGAUGGCAUUCCCAGCAUCUCUUUCUGGGAUAUCCUACAUGUGUCUCAGAAAACUGAAGGAGAUACAUAAGCAUCUUUUUUUACUGUGGUAAAACUUGAGGGGAAAAAAUGUGUUCAUCAAGGCUCUGUACAUAGUUUCUGCAUAUUGUCUAUAGAAAAGAUAUAAUAUCACCUAUGCAAGGUUGCAAAAUUAUCUCCUAAGAAGAGCCUUAUGAAGUUGAUGUGAAAACCUAUGCAUCCUCUGCACAUCUUGCAUUGAAACACACAGUUAAAUAUUUCUUCACGUAGUAAAAAGAUUUCCCUCUCCAUUAAACUCAUCAUUAAGAUUGUCAUAACAAACUUUUUGUCACCAAUCCUCAUGGUUCUAUGGCAGUUCUAACUUACAAGAUGAUUGCAGCCUUUUAAAUGAGUUAUUGCAUUUCGUUCUUUUAAGGUUUGUCCAAGCUGCCUCCUUCUUUCUCCUUCCCAGCAUUGACUUGUAUUUCGACAAGACCUAGCUUCUGGUUUUCCUUUUACGUUAGAGCUGCAGGAAUCGAGCUGCAGCUCUCCUCCGUGUGCAUUCCGCCAAGCUCGUGAAUGUGCUGUGGCCCUUGUGUUUGGACUGUGUCUUUUUUUGCACUCCUCUUGAAAUGGAUAUUUUGAAAAAGCAGUGAUGAGGAAGUUCAGAGCUCCACAUUCAUAUUCAGUUGUAGAACUAUCCUUGCGCUACGACCUGUAGCAUUUUAGAGAGGUCAAUUUGCUUUGCUUUUUCGGAAGAGGAAUCUACUGAGCAAGGGUUGAACGAAGAACCUGAUGAAAACAAAUGGAAUUUCAUUUGGACCAGCUGGGUUUCAUGCUACGAGAAGUGCAAACUUCCUUUGUCUGCUACUAGAAAUUCAAGACUGAAACAAAGAAGAGUCUGUUCCAGGAAAACAAUAAUAAUUUUUUAAAAAAACAUAACUUGUCUAUUCUUUGGUGUACAGCAUGUUUCCAUCCACUGUUUCGUCAUUUGUUAAAUAUAUAAUUAAAAUUUGGUUUCAGUGGAGUUUCCAAAAAAUGUAAGUACAUUCCUCUACAAACUGUAUUAAGUAUUUUAAUAAAGUCAGUGGUUUAAAAUAC